AUGAGACAACAAAUAUUAUUUGGAUUGUUUGUUCUUAUUGUUAGUGUCUUUGCUAACCCAUUAUUCUUUCAGAAACGUCAGAACGAAACUGGCGGAGUUUUACCCCCAACUGCAUCUGGAAAUGGUAUUAAUGGUACCUCUGGUAAUGGUACUGCUGGCAACGGCACUGCUGGUAAUGGAACCGCUGGUAAUGGCACUGCUGGUAAUGGAACUGGGGCUGGAGGUUCCGGCCAAGGUUCCAUGAAAUUGAAAGUUAUAGUUACUGGAGGAGAAGUCCCAAUUGAAUCAUUAAGCCAAUAUCCUGAUGUAGAGGUCACCACGUUAUACAAUGUAACCAACACAUUGAACUUAACUCAAUUGUACAAUGUCGCUAAGGAAACGAAUUCGUCUAUUUCUGGCGGUAAUUAUAAGGGUGUUGUUAUCAUUGGUAACAGUUAUUCUAUCGAAUCCCUUGGUUUCUUAAACUCUGUCGUUAUUAAUUCAAUGAAGCCCGUUGUUGUUACCGAAAAUGUUUGGGACGGUUUAUUAGUUGCUAAUAACACUGAUUCUAUCCCAGGCGGCACGGUAGUCAUUGAUGACUUGAAAUUAAUUUAUCCAGGAUUCUUUUCUCCUUAUAUCAAGGAUCAUGAUACUAUUGCCGGUACAGGUGCACCAAUUGGUGUCUGUUACAAUAAGACGGGACAAGUAUCUUGGUUUUUCAAUGAUGGAACGCCUGAAGUGUUAGCCAGCAAUGGUACAAUCAGAACCAUGUUCACCAACUUUACCAAUACGGAGCCUAGUUCCAUUCCGGUUGUUCCAAUCUUGUACGGAGCCGGUGAUUUGUCCAGUAACUGGAUUCAAGGUAUCAGUUCGAAUAUCCAAGGUCUUGUCAUUGUCGAUGCAGGCGGUGACUUGUUAACUAAUCCAUCGGGUUACAGCAACAGCACCAAUUCAGCCGGUGGCUCUGGUUCCAGUUCCAAUUCGACCAGUGGCUCUGGUUCAAGUUCAAGUUCAAGUUCCAACACAACGAGUAUCAACAUUCCAAUCGUUUACUCUAACGAUGAGUUCCUUGGUUACUGGGAUGCCAGUUACUUGUCAAGCAGUUCUAACGUUAUUUUCGGUAAUUACUUAUCGCCAAUCAAGAGCAAGUUGUUGUUGUCAAUUGCCAUUGCCAAUGGAGUCACUUCAACUGAUUCAUUAAACCAAGUAUUCCCUCGUUAG